UCGAAAAAUGCAAAAGGCAUUCAACGUGGAGUACGCCUAGGUCUUAAGAAAUUAAAAUUUGUAAUUUUUCUAUGUUGAAGCCCGGGGAGGUGGGGUGGUGUAUUGAGCUUCCGCUUCCUCCCUCACAUGAACUAGUAAUAUUUGAAAGUUCCACUCAAAAGCUGCAACAGCUGCUUGAAAGCUUUGCCAAACACUCUCUUGGCACUCGUUCUCUUGCACUCGCUCUCUUGGCGCAAGUCUUCGGCAGCAGAGAAAAAACCGGGAGUGGGAGAUUGAGAGGGAGAAAGGGAAAGGGACAGAGAGUGAAGUUCCUGUGGUGCUGCUGGAAAUUGUUGCAGAGAGGCAACAACAGAGGCAGCGCAGUUAAAAAUAUUCUUUAACAAUAAAUACACACACAUACAUAUGUACAUACAGUACGUGUCGUACAUACACUUAGAUGUAGAGUGCUACAUGCCACAGAGUGCAGCGUUAAGCUCUCCGAAGUACAUAUGUAUGUAUGUACAUACGUAGUAUGUAUGUACACCCAGAUGUAUGUAUGCGCACACGCCAAUGUGUGCGUGUGUUGAAGACCCGAAGAUUUUCUAACCUGGAUAAAAUAUACAUCACAUCAAUAUAUCGCCAUGCAAUUCUGAGCACUUGAACUAGAAGCCACUACAAAGAUACAGCAUACUGGAUACAGGGUACAGGGUACAGGGUACAGGGUACAGGAUACAGGAUACAGGAUACAGCCAACAUGUCGCUGGUCCACACGUUUCUCGGAACCUGGGAGAUUGUCUGCUGCACCUUCGAGGAGAAGCGUGAGCUAUCCGGCCUAGAGGGAAUCAAAUUUCGCCUAGACGAUACCAGCGAUAUUACUUGGUAUAAUGAUUUGGUCAGUCCACUUCCUGAAACACAAGACUGCGGCACUUUCUGCGACUCGGCGAGUGUUUUAUUUAGCUGUGAGACCUUCGAUGUGCACGAGACGAAUCCCCGUCUCGUGUUUGGAGCCUUUGCCGGCCACAGCAUUGAGUUUAGCACCAACACCUUAACACCGACUGAUACGCUGGUGCUCAGCUGUGAGAACUGGUACGCCGUCGAAUGCAAGCGACUGCAGGACGGCCAGGCUGCAGGUCAGGAGAAGCAACUGAGCUUUGGCGAAGCCCUGCAGGAGUCCUACUUCAGCGAUGUGAUGGUUAAGAGCGCCAAUGGAUUGGAAUAUGCCCUGCACGCCUCCAUUCUGCGGCUCAACGGAUUCGAUUGCAGUAUGUGCGUUAACAGUGCUCCGGCAUCGUCGCGACAGGUCGUCAAAAGUGCACCUGGAACUGGACCUUGUCAUAGCGGACCAAACACACCCAAUCCCAAUCCGAAUCCAAUUCGAAUUUCCGUGGCCCACGCCACCGGCGAUGAUGAGCACCAGAAGUCAUUGCCGCGCCUGAAUCUAUCGCCCAUUUAUCUCCAGCCCCCCUGUGAUUUCCAGACUCUGGCGGGUCUGGGGGCCCAACGAGUGCACCAAUUCAGCAGCAGCUUCAACUGCCUCAGCAAUGGCAACGAUUCGGAACCGGCGAUCAGUGCGGGGGGCACAGGCACGGGCCUGCUCAGCGUCGAGUGCGGUGGUGGCAUGUAUCGAUUUCCGCCUACCUCACAUUCCGACUCGCACCUGGAAACGUCGCAGUCCCACUGCAAGAACAUAUUCAAUUUUUGUCAGGAUCUAAUAAUACAGCCAACCCCAUCCCCGUUGCUGCCUGCGGGCGGAUUGAGCGCUGGCCUCGCUGUCUGCAGCAUUAGGCGACCGCCUUUGUCGCCGUAUCGGGCCCGCAGCCCUUCGCCGUUUCCCAGCUCCAUGGACACGCCGCCGUCGUCCCCACUGACACCGGUGGGCGUUCUGUGCAACUUGCCCACUUUCCUCUUGAGCCCCAUUCUUCACUGGCUGUACACGGAGUCCAUGCUCCCGGACCUUGAGGAGGAUGUCUGCGAGAAGCUGAUAGACUUUGCCGAAUCGCAGCCAUCGCUGACUAAACUGGUAGAGCCAACGCGCAAGUACCUGAGGCUGAUGAAACUGAAAAAAUUUGUUGUCAACGUGACUAUGAAUCUACAUGGGAUCCUUAAUCGCGUUAUACAGUGCAUCAAUCCCGUGAGCAUUUCCCACGAGCCUGCGCAGCUGUGUGUAACGUUUCAGGAUGCGUUGCGGGAGUGCGCCAUAGGUUGCGCAAAGGUACUGCAAUUCUGUAAUAUUUUCAUCACGGAUGCCACACAUAUGACGCGAUAUCAGAAGAAUGAAAUUGUCAAGUAUAUCCGCACCCGUAUUCCAAUUUUCAUGUCACAAAUACAGCAGCUGCUGCGCAACGUGCUCGGUGUCUUUGUGGGACUAACUGUCGAGGAGAAAGCCGAGCUGGUGAACUAUCUAGUACCUGAAAUUGAAUCCACAUUAUUUGUAUUAACUGCUGUGAUAGAAGAAAUCAAAAACUCGUUGGAAAUCAUGUGCAAGGACCUUAAUUGCUCCCAUUUGGAACUGCCACAGCAACAGCAGCAGGCAGAUGAUGCUAUUGUCAUGCAACUGCACUAUGUCGAUCCGGGCGGCGGUGAACCUUCGGUGCCACGGCCCCGUCGCGGUGCUCCCGUGGGUCUUACGCUCUACGACAAUCACCACACGGACAAGAAGCGCCUGAGCUCCGCCGAGAACGAUCUGAAAUUCGUUCUCUACAUGUAUGAAGUGCGGAAAAUGCGUGACAUUUACGGACGGAUUGUAGCUGCCCUUGAAAUAAUCAAUGAUAAAAAAACGACAUUCUGCGACAUGGAUUUCCUAAGCAAGAUUAGUACAAUUAAUCAAAACUUAGAGCAGCUGAUUGUUGACAUUCCCGCAUAUAUUUUCAUAGUCGAGAACAUGUCUGAUCGCCUCGAUGACAAACUGGGCUGGAAGGAGUUUAAGUUUUGCUUUAAGCUGGCCACCAGUCAGAUUAACGGCGUUAUCGCAAAGCUUCUCGAUCACAAGAGUGCACUGCGAGACGCCAUCAGUCAGAUCUGUAUGCUGGUGCACAAGGAGGAAUUCACGCAGUCUCUUAUUGAACUGGGACUAUUGGACUCCAGUGGCUCCUCCAGUGGGGAGGCGAGCCAAGAUUUGAAAAUGGCCGAUCAUGAAAAUAACCUGAAUGUGAGCUUGAGUAAUGCGGAACAGCUUCGACUCAAUCAACAGCAUUAUUAUGACUACAAGAGCAUUAAGUUAAAUCUCAUUCGACAUCUUUGCGAACCACCGAUUGCAGCCAACAGCAAUCUGUCGAAGAACGCACUCCGCUUGUUGCACUCCACCCAGCUGGCGGACAUGGAGUUCGAGGUGCACACGCAUGCAUCAACCGGAAACGCGUUGGACACAGAGGCCACGCCGACAUCAACAUCAGCCUCCACCGGAGGAGGAGACCCUGCGUCAUCAGCUUUGCAGGUGCACAGCUUCAAGGCACAUCGCGUAAUUGUCGCUGCUCGAUGCGAAUGGUUUAAGAAGGCCCUGAUGUCUGGCAUGCAGGAGUCAAUCAAUAGAAAAGUCAUCAUCACGGACACCUCGCCGGUGAUCUUUCGCCGCUUGCUGUUGUACCUCUAUGGGGCACCAAUUGAUCGUACGGUGGGGGCCGAGCAGGUCUGCGAACUGAUGCUAUUGGCAGAUCGUUAUUCCAUUGAUGAUCUAAAAGAACUGUGCGAGAAUACACUGUACUCUCUGAUUGACGAGGACUCGGUGGUCUGUCUUCUGGGCAUUGCGGAUAGAUACAUGGCUACUGCUCUGAAGUCGAAAUGCCUCUCAUUCCUAUCCCAGCAUUCACAACUCACCAAGUGCGAAAUAUUUAAGGAAUUGCCGCAAACCCUCCAGCUAGAGGUAAUGGAUCUAAUACAUUGGUUCGGCCGUGUUUCGGAGCCUUGGAACGAUCGUGGAUUCAAGCCGCGCAGUAGUUCUCGGCAUAGCCUCAAGAGUCCCUCGAAGCCACGUUCGCGAUCCCGAAAGUCCUCGCCAUCCUAUAUGUGACGCCGGCAAAGCGCCACUGAACACACGACGAAUGCCAACUUCUUGUGAUAAUUCUAGAAGACUUCGGAAUCGAACGGAAUGGAACGGUAGUCUGUAAGGGUGACACGGAUGGUAACAUGGUAACAAGGGGAAGGGCUAUGGCUUAGUCAGAUGCCAAAAUAGCAAACAAAAAAUUACAAAAAAGGUGGGGUUCACAAGGCUAAUAUGUACUAGGACUUUCACUUUGACUCUGGUCUCAGUAGCAUAACUAAAAAUCAUGCCAAAAUUCAAAGGGAAAAACCGGCAAAAAUUACCUGAUUUUAAAAGUUUUUUAUUUAGUUCUCUAAUAUGUAGAUAGAAAUAAUUUGAUCACUCGUAUUACUCGUAAAUACAUACAUACAUACAUAUGUAGGUAUUUAUAUACUCUUGAGAACAAAAAAGACCGCAAAGUAUAACAUUUUCUCUCUAAUUAAUUGAUGUACGAGUGUAUAUGCAACAAAAAACAAAAUUUUUGAUAAAUGCAAGUGAUCUUUGCGCAAAUAGAUAUGGUAUUGUAUUGUGUACGUCUUCGACCAUAGCACACACUAGUAUUUUAUUCGCAUUGGACGGACCACUCUCAUGUUUUUCGCUAUGAGGUUCGAUUCCGAAUGUGUUUGUAUUUUUGACAUUUACUAUACAUCUAGAGGUACCAUAUAUAUGAAUGUGUAUGUAUGUUUGUAUUCAAAAUAGUAUAAAUUAUAGUAAAACUUAUGAAAUUUGUAUAACAUAACAUGUUAAUAUUGCUAUUACAUAUAUGUAUGUACAUUAUGUUACCGAAACAUAGCACUCAAUUUGUACGACUCGAAGAGCCCACGCAAAGAUAUCGGCGUUAGCCAUAAAAUGUGUGUAUUACCGAAGACUAUACAGUACCAAGAUGUGACAUGAAGGACGGUACCCAGAGACUCUUCUAUGGCGUAGACAGGGGCGCGUGCGGGGCUUCAGUUCUCUUUUAGGCUAUCCUUCGCCUGUGACCGUGCCCACUGCCUACCCACUCGGGUUCGGCCACUCAGCUCGUCUGGGUCCCAAACUUUUCUAGCAACAAAAUAUACAUAUAUUGUAUAGUCUUUGGUACUACACGACUGGACUGGACUGGACUGGACUGGACUGUGCUGGACUGAUGGGUACCGUGCUUGACUUCUUCGGCGUGUAACGAUCUGUAUCUGUAUCUGUAUCAGUAUCUUUAUCUAUAUCUGUGUAUCUGUGACUGCUUUUCAUUUGAUUCGGGGGACCCUCUUCCAAAAUGUGCUCGCCUAGUACUUGUAGUCUGAUGGGUAGAUAGAAUCUUGUAGUUCGGAAACUAAAAAUAACUGAAAAACUGAAAUUACAAUGCAGCUACAUUUAGGGUAGACUAAAGUGAUCUGAGAACUAAACUUAUUGCUAACAGAAACCUGUACAUAGAUUUGGUAUUUAAUGCACUCGAUUACUUCAAAUAUAUGUAUGUAAAACUGGACAAUGCACGUGUACGUUUUUAUAUGUAAUGUACAUACUUACAUAGAUGCAUAUGUAUAACGGUCAAAUAACAGCUAACAUAGUUAAUUAA